AUAAGUGUCAGUCAAGCAUUGACAAUCUAAAGAAAGUGCUGUUUUUGAAAUCAAACACAUGCUUUGUUUUGGUUAAAACCAGAAAAAAUAAUUGUUUUACAAAAUGCCAGGUCCAGACUUGCUAUCAAGUCAAGGGCUGCGUCUGGAUGGACGAAGGCCAAAUGAGCUUCGUCGUAUACGGUGUAAACUUGGGGUAUUUGCUCAACCCGAUGGAAGUGCCUAUUUGGAGCAAGGAAACACGAAAGUUUUAGCCGCUGUUUAUGGACCUCACCAGGCCUCAAAAUCAAAAAGUCUGCAGGAUGGAGUUGUUGUUAACUGCCAGUACAGUAUGGCCACAUUUUCCACAGGGGAAAGAAAGAACCAUCCUCGUGGUGACCGCAAGUCUCAGGAGAUGUCAAUGCACUUGAGACAGGCUCUCACAGCCGCCAUCAAGACUGAACUCUACCCACGAUCACAGAUUGACAUCUAUGUUGAAGUAUUACAGGCAGACGGCGGCGCUUACUGUGCGUCAGUGAACGCAGCGACGCUCGCGCUCAUCGACGCCGGCAUCCCGCUGCGCGCGUACGCCUGCGCCUGCUCUGCGUCCAUGGCGUGGAGGAAUGGCAAGCCCGAACCACUGCUAGACGUGGGCCAUGUGGAAGAAGCGGCCGGUGGGGUUGUGCUCACUGUGGCUAGCUUGCCUAGUACUGGUAGUAUAGGACUAAUAGAAAUGUCGCACAGACUACAUAUGGAUUACUUUGAUGUGGUCCUGAGCAGAGCCAUGCAAGGGUGUAGAGAUAUUGAGGUUAUUUUGGACCGAGCAGUGCGAGAACACUUGGCAGAGGGGUGGACAAAGCAAGAUGUAGUUGUAAUAUGAAAUAAAUAUUAUUCUUUUAAA